CCACCAAUAACCUAAUCAGCCGGUUACCCGGUUCCACUCCAUUCCCCAUAUAUCACGCCAUUCCUUGUUUCCUUCGUCUUCCACUUUCGCUCUCUCCUCUUAAAAAAAGACUCCCCAAUUCUUUCAGAUCUUUCAGGUUUCUCUGUUCACUCUGCUUUUUCAUUAUGACCGUCGAUAUCAUGCGUAUACCCAAGAUGGAAGAUCAAACGGCUAUACAAGAAGCUGCAUCGCAAGGCUUAAAAAGCAUGGAACACCUGAUCCGUGUUCUCUCUAACCGCCCUGAAGACCGUAACGUUGACUGCUCUGAGAUCACAGAUUUCACCGUCUCCAAAUUCAAAAAAGUCAUCUCUCUGCUUAACCGAACCGGUCACGCCCGGUUUCGACGCGGACCGGUUCAUUCCCCUCCAUCUUCCUCCUCCUCGGCCGCCGCUCCUCAUCCACAGACCGUUUCUCAGGUGACGCCUUCUUCUAAGAUCUCUUCUCCGGUUCCGGUAAAUACUCCGGUGAGCUUCGUUCAGUCACAUCAGCAAAGCGUGACUCUAGAUUUCACCAGACCAAGCGUAUUUGGCGCCAAAACCAAGAGCUCGGAGAUUGUGGAGUUCGCUAAGGAGAGCUUUAGUGUAUCUUCCAACUCUUCCUUCAUGUCUUCGGCGAUCACCGGCGACGGAAGCGUCUCAAAGGGAUCUUCGAUUUUCCUUGCUCCGGCGGCGCCUGUGGUUUCCUCCGCGAAGCCGCCGCUUUCUGGUCUCCCUUACAGAAAGAGAUGCUUUGAGCAUAACCACUCUGAGAACUUUUCCGGCAAGAUCUCUGGCUCUGGCAACGGAAAAUGCCACUGCAAGAAAAGCAGGAAAAAUCGGAUGAAGAGAACCGUGAGAGUACCGGCGAUAAGUUCCAAGAUCGCCGACAUUCCAUCGGACGAGUUUUCAUGGAGGAAGUACGGACAAAAACCGAUCAAGGGCUCACCACACCCACGGGGUUAUUACAAGUGUAGUACGUUUAGAGGGUGUCCAGCGAGGAAACACGUGGAACGAGCGUUGGAUGAUCCAACGAUGCUGAUUGUAACUUACGAAGGGGAGCACCGUCACCACCAUUCGGCGAUGCAGGAGAACACAUCUCCAAGUUUGGUAUUUGGCUCGGCUUGAAAUGGUUCAGAAGAGAGGAUAUGCUCAAGUGAAUUAGUUUAGUAGACUUUGUAAUAUGUUGAGAAAUAGAGAGGGUGAUUUGUAUUUUAUUUUGUUCUCAACUAAAUUAGUUUUAGAAUUUUUUAGUCCUUUGAAUGGAUUUUUAAUCUUACUACCUGAAAAAGAGGUUGACAACAAAAAACAUCUUAUUACAAAAAUAUAUGUAUUUACUUGAAAAUAUUUUUCUUGCAAGAUGGUAUAUUAAGUUGUUGUAGUAGUUUUAGUUUGCUGUUUUUAGUGUUAUGGUUAGUAGGCAAAUUACCCCCAUGACUCUGUUUGAUCUAGUUAUGAUUUGUGCUGGUCGUCGAUUUAGUGGAGGUUAGACAUACGAAUGUGUUGUUAAUGCAAUGUUUGACUAUUAUGUGAAUUUUCUGAAAGUCAAAAGAGUCGG